CCGUCCGGUGCCAUUGACAAGCAGUUCACUCUUGACCGUGGAAACGCUCGCUUGCCAGAGCUCACCGACAGAGAAACCCCUGCCAAACGCGCCCUCCAGUAAGGUGCUCGUGCGUGUGUGUCUGUGUGUGUGUGUGCGUGAAAAGUGAAGUUAGUACAGCUUGCGAAGGGAGGCGUAAUAGGUGGCCGCGUGGGGAAAAGUAAUCGAAAAGCACCGAUAAUCGGUAGCAUCCUGUACCGAGCAUUCGGGAGCACUGGGAGGAGGAAUCAGUUUGUGGCCACUGCUGCUGCUGCCUGGAACGUCGUCGGAAUCGUGUGGCUAGAUUGCUAGCAGGUUGCUGGUUAGCGUGUGUGCCAAACCACGUGCGAGCGUUGUGACCUUGCAAACCUUUGCUUUAAACGGGUUUAACGGAUCUCAACCGUAGACGGGCCCAUUUGCUUGCUAAAAAGCUCAACGGGACUUCCAGCGGCCAGUAUCGUUUGGCGUGACUUGGAAGAAGCUUCCUUACACUGAACCCAAGCAGCACCGUUUUCAACAUGAAAUCUCCUGCCCUGUGGAUGGCCAUCGGUGCGAUUCUACUCCUCGGCGGAAGUGUGAACGCAUGGGGCGGGCUGUUCAAUAGGUUCUCACCGGAAAUGCUAGCAAACAUGGGCUACGGCAGCCACGGAGGAUCCUACCGGCCACAAUCGUUCCUACAGAACGAAAUCCUGGACGAAGAACAGCAAAGCCCACGCUACGAGCCGGAUCCGUGCUAUCCCCGGGCGUGCUCCGCCAACGAGUACUGCUGUCCCGGAUUUAUCUGUGUAGCCGUGGACGAUGUUUCGCCAAUUUCAGUCAGGGGAAUGUGCAUGCCACUGUACGGACGCAAGUAUGGCGAGCUGUGCCGGCACGAUUCGGACUGCGAGUCGGGGCUGGUGUGCGACAUUUCGGCGCUGAGCGGUGCCAGCGUGUGCCGACCGCCAACCAUCGUGGCCAAGCAGUACGGCGAAGAUUGCAUCACGUCCAGUGACUGUGAUAUUACGCGCGGACUAUGCUGUCAGGUGCAGAGAAGACAUCGACAAGUGCCUCGUAAGGUAUGCUCGUACUUCAAAGAUCCUCUGCUCUGCGUUGGAACGGUUGCUGCCGAUCAGGUAAAACACCAGAUCGAGCAUACUGCAGGUGAGAAGCGCAUCAUCUACAACAAGCACUAAACCAGUGGGAAAUGUCACGCAAAACGGCACCAGCACCCAACAACCAUGCAAAAACGAAACAUCGUAUAUCAAACCGAACAUUCCGAAUCGUGAGACAAAUUAUGGCCCUUUAAUCCUGGACAGCCUGGACAGCACAAACGCUGGAAGCGUGUAAAAAAAACACACACUUUUACUCAACUCUUAUAUGAAGUCUGUUACCUUGCCCCCACAAAAACCGUACCGUAGCGCCAAAAGGAAGAAAACUAAAAUCAGAAAAGAGAAAAAAACUACGAGAGCAAUCAAAAUUAAGUGGAAAGCGAAACGUGGGUUCGUUGCUAACUGAAUGAAAUUCUCAGUUAUAGUCAAACAUUCAAAACAGUAAAUAGAAAAUAAUCCACAAUAGUGGGAAAUAGCAGAGCACAGAUACCGAAGCAAAAAUCAUACCCAGCAGAACCAGCUAGUGCAUUCAAGCGAAAGAACAAAAUAACCUAUCGGAACGAAUACAUAUCAAACACUUAUCUUUAGACACGAAGCAGAAACAGAAAAUUGUCAAUUAGGUUCGUUAGUUCCGUUACCAUUGAAAGUAAUUCCACCAGUUUCCGUUCUCAGCUAGAUACAAUGCAAUAGUCUUAAAGUCUUGCUAAUGUGUGUAGUAACUGUGUAUUGUAUCACAGCAGAACCCGCCACAGUGGUAGAAAGGGAAACCGAGGGUAUUAUUUCCAUACAAACGCACCACGGAGACGCGUAAAUUAAAUGUCGCCCCCAAGAGAAUGGUUCACCUUUUCCUCUUAAACAUGCUUAAACGUUCCACUGUGAUUGACGCCACGUGUACAGUCCCAAAAAGGUAUGAACACUAAUGUAAACCGCACAGCAUUUAUGCAAACGAAGCAACAACGUCUUGUUCUCUACUCGAUAUUUCGCUACAAAUUUUUAACAUAUGCGUGGGUGUGUGUUUUUUACAGCUGUGUGUCGUUUUUAAACCAUUCGUCCCCAUUUUCUCCAGUUUUCAUCUUUUAGGCUUGUGUAUGAUAGCUGCGUGUAACGAGCGGACGAGAGUGUGUGGCAAAGGGUGGUGAACGCCGGGAUAGGCUUGCUUAAAACUGUUUUCGUCCAUUAUGCGGCACAUCCAAUUACAUUAUUAACAAGGAAAAAAAAGGAGAAAAAAAUCACAAACACUCCCAAACACUCCAACACACACACACACAUAAUAUUGAUUGAAAACAAUACAAUAAAAUACCCUUGCUGAUAUAAUCGGUUCUUAUGCAAUGAAUACAUAUCGUUAUACAUGAAUAUAUAAAUAUACUUAUAUAUACAGAUACAUAUAUAUACAGAUAUACUAACGUUGCGAUCAUUAGAGCCGCAGCAGAAGAAAGAGGAAACUAUUGAAAGAAAGAAAGAAAGAGGAGAACGAGAAGAGAGAGAAGAACAUAAAACAAAUCAAUUCCAAAGUUGCAAACAAUCCACUCUAGGGUAAGGAAAGCAAAAGGAAAGGAGUGAAAGUAUCGGUAUCGUAAGCUAUGGACGCAACAAGAAGAGAAAACUAAUUAAACCCCAAAAAAUCCAACAACAACAAAAAAAUAACAAAACCAAACAAAAAUCUUAAAAGGUAAAGGAAACAAAACCUUUACGUAAAUUCAUACUGGCUGAGGCAUUUUGAACUUUUAAUCUUCUACAUACACACAUACACACAAGCUCGCACACAAGUACAGAAGUACAGACUUUAAAAUAUAAAGUUUUCACCCAACUAAUUAUUCAGUGUGUGUAUGUGUCUGUUGAACGAAAUUGCAGAAGCGAAGAAGUUAUGGUCGAAAAGAAGAUAUUCUCUGGAAAAGAUGGACGAUGCAAGCUGUUAGUAAUAUGUGUGUUAAUAUCUCCACUACGAGUCGCAUCAACGGUGAAGGAAAAGGAUUCUGGUGAAACAUUUCCCAUCGUUUCAAGUUUUCUGCUAAAACGCUAGAGAACCCACUAGUGUGUCUGUCUGUCUGUUCUUGUUGGAUGCUCUCUCAUAAGGCGAACGCAAUUACCAGCUACCGCCAGAACCGUUUGAAAUGGCAGUUUCGUUUCAGACCCGAUCAAGCCGAGCCGCUGAUGUGUGGCGACGAACGCAUGUGUCUGGAUGAAACAUCUUUUCCAACUGCACAGCAGCAAAAAAUUACAAAUAUUUCCAUUCAAAAACGAUAUUCAAACGCGAACCACAUCAAACGGCUGAAGGUUGGAUCCAUCGAAAUGAAACGGUUCAUUUUGAAUAAGGUUCUACUGUUAAGCUUGAGCGAGUUACAAAUUUAAAGAUGUAUGCUCGAUACGAACCCAGGCAUUCCGCAUCGUGUCUCGGUCCUCUUUGGUGAGCGUGUUUGUUUGGGCCGACGAGUUCGGAGCCCUUCUUCACCCUUGUAGUUUGGUCGAACGAAAUCGAUGUCCCAUCUCGAUACUCUGAAAACCUUCCAGUUAGCCCCACCCAUCACCCACUCCCCCCACCAAAAGACGACGGCUAGGAUGGUCGCUAAACGGACCCGACCACCAAAGGAGGCUGCAAGACCGAUGAUCGAAGCAGCGAUCCUCUAACGUUGCACCGGAAGUAAUGCUAUAGCCCUUAGAGUAUGAUCAUGAGUGAGCCGCCCUGAGGUUGAGAAGAAGUGAGCGAGAGGUGAUGAUGAUGAUGAUUUUAAAAAUCAGAAUACAUAUCAGUGUACAAAACCAGUUACACUUUCACUAACACUGCACACACACACACAUACAAUAAAAAGACAGACAAAACACACUCACACAAAACAAGCUGUUGUUGCUAAGCACAAGUAAAGGAAAGUGCACCCGAUCCUAUUAUAGAGACAUAUCAAAUACACCUGCAUACAGAGCAAAGGAAGAAGAGAACGUAAUGAAAAACGAAAAACAAAAUGUGAACACUAUCUAAUUCUAUUCAAAGCCGGCUUGCAAGCUAAACCAAACUUACUGAAUAGUGGGAGAGAGAGAGCAAAACAUGACGAAGGAAAAAGAGAUAUAGAGAGAGAGUGAAAAAAAAAACAAUUGCACAUCGCAUACAUAUCAACUAACGAAUAAGAUAAGACACUUGAGACUAAGCUGAUUUACAACUGAAUCGCACUGAAGAUCCCACUCUGCGACCGUGAACGUAAACCUUGCUAUAUAAGAAGAAUGGAGCCGAAACCUUACCUUAUGCCGACCUUUGGGCCGACGUUCUACGCACGAUUUCACACUACCUUGCUUUACACUAUUUGCUGAUGGUUUUCGUGAUCAUACGGAAUGAAAGAGAAACAUAGAUCAUAUUCGUAAUUUUGAAUUUUCUGCAGUAUAGUCGUCAUCCACAUAGUAUGCGCACUGUAACGUUUGCUUAAACCGUUCCAAAGGAGGAGCACUCCAUAGUGUGGUGUGAUUCUUGCGUACAACGUGGGCACUCACAGGGCGCAACACACUCCUUCCCCCCUUUAAAAGAGAUAACAAAUUAUGAAUGAAUGAAAAAGAAAAACAAAAAUAGAUACUAUAUGUGUACAUCUCUUCAA